UUGCGUCAUCAGUGCGCGACAGCAGCAUCAGAAUGCUGACAUGGCCGCGUCUAUCGAGCUGAGACUCACUUUAUGCAUCAGUUUUAUUUUCGUCCUGGGAUUUUCUUCGGUGUCCGCGCUCAUUGAGGGACUGUAUUGCGGGACUCAAAGCUGUUACGACGUGCUGGGAGUUUCUCGUGACGCCAGUAAAGCUGAGAUCGGACGCGCUUACCGCCAGCUGGCCCGGAGAUAUCACCCGGACAGAUACCAGCCCGGAGAGAGCAACGACUCCCGCGAAACCGCGCAGCAAAAGUUUCUGCUGGUUGCUACCGCGUACGAGACACUCAAGGAUGAAGACUUACGUAAGGACUACGACUACAUGCUGGACCACCCAGAGGAAUACUACAGCCACUACUACACCUACUACAGAAGAAGACUCGCUCCCAAAGUAGACGUUAGGAUAGUGAUUCUUGUAGCCAUUUGUGCGAUCUCACUGUUUCAGUAUUACAGCUGGUGGAGUAGUUAUACAGAAGCCAUAAACUAUCUGAUGACCGUUCCCAAAUACCGCAUCCAGGCUACUGAACUGGCCAAGCAGCAAGGUCUGCUGAAUAGAACCAAAGAAAAGGGCAAGAACCGGCGCUCCAAAGAGGAGAUCCGUGAAGAGGAGGAGCAGAUCAUCAGAGACAUCAUCAAGAACAAGAUAGACAUCAAAGGCGGCUAUCAGAAGCCCAAUGUAUCUGAUAUUCUGCUUUGUAAAAUCAUUCUGUUCCCUUACCAUCUGUGCACGUAUGUGGCAUGGAACUUCUCGUGGUUUUACCGUUUCACCAUUCGCGGGGAGGAGUACGGGGAUGAAGAGAGACUUUACAUUAUCCGCAAGUACAUGAAGAUGUCACAGGCUCAGUUUGAUAGUUUGGAGAACAGCCUGAUAGAGACUUUCCUCAAGAAACAGCUCUGGAUCAAAGAGAAUUAUGAGGCCUACAAAGAGGAGCAGGAGGAAGAGAUGAAGAUGAAGAUGGCCACAGACUCACGGUGGAAACGCUACAGGCGUUGGAUGAAGAGUGAGGGGCCCGGACGCAUCACUUUUGCUGAUGAUUGACCUCACAUGAACAGAGAGCCGUCCCAGAUGCACGUCCAGCCUGAACAGCCUGAGCUCGAGUGUGCAAUUACACACAGCUCUGUGCGUCCUUGUUUACAAUAGACCGACAAUGUGCACGUCAUUUACAAGGCUGCCUUUUCUUAUAUCAAGACCGCAAAGGCUUUUUGAUUGUAUCGAGGAUCAUUUGAUUCUAUUCGUUACGUAGGAGGUGUGUUGGAAGAGACUGCGUUUGAACUGAAGAAAAAUAGCGUAAUAACAUUGUGUGCUGUUUUACCAGGAGAUACACGAUCACAGGCUGUAGAAAUCAAGUGUUAUAUUUUGAAAAAUGCCUCAUUUCAAACACUGAAAGUCUUUGUGUCUCUCUUUGUGUCUGUCAGCUAUAAAUGUUACAACACCUGAUGCUGUGCUUGUGCCCUGAAGGAAUUCCCGCCCCCUUUUUUUUCUUUUUUUGCAUAUAUUAAAAUCACAUCAUAAUUUUCGGUUUCAGGCUUUGGUACUGAAAUAAAGAUUUAUAGUUUAUUUGGUUAGCAAGACUUGGUUACCUUGUAGUAAUUCCUGUCGAUGAGCAUCCUGGUGACAUCCGUGUUAUCACUUUAAAACGGCGCAUACGACAGGUUAUCAUGCGGUAGAUACAAUAUUUUAUCAGUAAUUUGCCAUAUUGUUAUCUGUGCAUUAAUGGUGCACAUAAAAAGAUCUAUCCCCUGUGAAUUUUUAUUGAUUCAAGGUAGUUUGUGUUUGACUAUGUGCCUUCGAUGAAUGCUUGUAGAGGUGUAAUGAUAAAUCAUAUUGCGAAUCGAGUUUUUCCAAUGCAUCACGGUUGUCUUUUGAAUUCAGAACAAUCUAUUAAUGAAUCCAUUUAUCACGGCGCCCCUAUUUGUAAUUUCUGCAUUUCAGUGGAAUUUCAAAACAAGUUUUUCCUGACCUGUAAGGAUUCUGAAAUGGCAAGCGACCAUCAAUCAGAUGCUUCUCUCCUCUACUUGCUUCUUUUGUAAGCUUCUCUCCACUUUCUACGCUUCAGCUGCUGUUGUCUUUCACUUAACUCAUUGAUUCCUUUCUUUUCCCCUGUAUUUUGUUCCCCAUCUCUGACGGUCAAUCUGCAGGCGUGGGAAAAAUAAAAUGUAUGUGAUGCCCCUUAA